GAUGGAGCCGGGCCUCGGAGCCAGGACUCCUGGGCUCCCAUUCCUCUUAUACGGUCUCUUUAUCCUGCCAGGGCUAAGGACUCCCUUCCUUGCUGUCCAGCUGGGGCGCCAAGCCGCAGGGCCCUCAGAAUCGGCGAGCUGUGCUCGGAUCUCACAGACGGGCACCGAUUGCCGAGCCCCAGACGAAGUGCCCCAGGGUCGGGGAUCAGGCUUGUGCAGGGUAGCACCUGGGGACCUGAGCGACCUGGAGGCCCUCUUGUAUCCUGAAGUAGGACCUUCCAAGACUUCACGAGUCCUGGCACCCUUGCAGGGGUUGGGGAGCUGGGGAUCCCAGAUCUGCCUAUUGCGCCCGAUGCCCCGCGGCUCUCUCUUGGACUCUGGCCCUGGGUUCUUCUGCGCGAUCCUUCGGAGACGUCUGGAGGCCUGCUUUAUGCAUCUCUCUUGGACCUCAGUUUCCCCACCCGUGGGAGGAGGCAGCUAGACGAUUCCUGAACGGACUUUCCCUUGCUUCCUCAUCACGUGGAAGAGAGCCCACCCGGCGCCUGGAAAUGGAAAGCCAGUGAAGGCCGCUUUGGGCCGGGGCAGCGGGUGGGACCGGGCGGGAGAGAUUCCAAAGAGACCGCCGGGAAGGCUAGAGCUUGGAAUUCCGGCUCCUCGGAGUCCUGGCCCUCCCCCACCGCCGCCUCGGAGCUCAGCACACCUUGGAUGGGGGAGGCGGGCAGCUCCUAGCCCCGCACCCCAGGAGGCGCGCUCGGAGGGAAGCCGCCACCGCGCCGCCUCUGCCUCGGCGCGGAACAAACGGUUAAAGAUUUUGGGCAGCGCCUCGUGGGGGGAGGAGCCAGGGGCCCAAUCCGCAAUUAAAGAUGAACUUUGGGUGAACUAAUUGUCUGACCAAGGUAACGUGGGCAGCAACCUGGGCCGCCUAUAAAGCGGCAGCGCCGUGGGGUUUGGAGCGCUGGCGGCGGCGGCAGGUGGCGCGGGAGGUCGCGGCGCGCCAUGGGGCUCCCGGCGCUGCUGGCCAGUGCGCUCUGCACCUUCGUGCUGCCGCUGCUGCUCUUCCUGGCUGCGAUCAAGCUCUGGGACCUGUACUGCGUGAGCGGCCGCGACCGCAGUUGUGCCCUCCCAUUGCCCCCCGGGACUAUGGGCUUCCCCUUCUUUGGGGAAACCUUGCAGAUGGUACUGCAGCGGAGGAAGUUCCUGCAGAUGAAGCGCAGGAAAUACGGCUUCAUCUACAAGACGCAUCUGUUCGGGCGGCCCACCGUGCGGGUGAUGGGCGCCGACAACGUGCGGCGCAUCUUGCUCGGCGAGCACCGACUGGUGUCGGUCCACUGGCCAGCGUCGGUGCGCACCAUUCUAGGAUCUGGCUGCCUCUCUAACCUGCACGACUCCUCGCACAAGCAGCGCAAGAAGGUGAUUAUGCGGGCCUUCAGCCGCGAGGCACUCGAGUGCUACGUGCCGGUGAUCACCGAGGAAGUGGGCAGCAGCCUGGAGCAGUGGCUGAGCUGUGGCGAGCGCGGCCUCCUGGUCUACCCCGAGGUGAAGCGCCUCAUGUUCCGAAUUGCCAUGCGCAUUCUACUGGGCUGCGAACCCCAACUGGCGGGCGACGGGGACGCCGAGCAGCAGCUUGUGGAGGCCUUCGAGGAAAUGACCCGCAAUCUCUUCUCGCUGCCCAUCGACGUGCCCUUCAGCGGGCUGUACCGGGGCAUGAAGGCGCGGAACCUCAUUCACGCGCGCAUCGAGCAGAACAUUCGCGCCAAGAUCUGCGGGCUGCGGGCAUCCGAGGCGGGCCGGGGCUGCAAAGACGCGCUGCAGCUGUUGAUCGAGCACUCGUGGGAGAGCGGAGAGCGGCUGGACAUGCAGGCACUAAAGCAAUCUUCAACCGAACUCCUCUUUGGAGGACACGAAACCACGGCCAGUGCAGCCACAUCUCUGAUCACUUACCUGGGGCUCUACCCACAUGUUCUCCAGAAAGUGCGAGAAGAGCUGAAGAGUAAGGGUUUACUUUGCAAGAGCAAUCAAGACAACAAGUUGGACAUGGAAAUUUUGGAACAACUUAAAUACAUCGGGUGUGUUAUUAAGGAGACCCUUCGACUGAAUCCCCCAGUUCCAGGAGGGUUUCGGGUUGCUCUGAAGACUUUUGAAUUAAAUGGAUACCAGAUUCCCAAGGGCUGGAAUGUUAUCUACAGUAUCUGUGAUACUCAUGAUGUGGCAGAGAUCUUCACCAACAAGGAAGAAUUUAAUCCUGACCGAUUCAUGCUGCCUCACCCAGAGGAUGCAUCCAGGUUCAGCUUCAUUCCAUUUGGAGGAGGCCUUAGGAGCUGUGUAGGCAAAGAAUUUGCAAAAAUUCUUCUCAAAAUAUUUACAGUGGAGCUGGCCAGGCAUUGUGACUGGCAGCUUCUAAAUGGACCUCCUACAAUGAAAACCAGUCCCACCGUGUAUCCUGUGGACAAUCUCCCUGCAAGAUUCACCCAUUUCCAUGGGGAAAUCUGAUGAGCUUGAAUGCUCAAACCUGAGACUUAUUGGAAGUGUACAUAUGAGUUUUUAAGGAGUGUUGUGUUGACUUUAUAUUUAAUUUCUAAAUGUAUAUUAUAAUAUUUAUGCGUUUUGACUAUACUACCACAAUCUUUAAAUAUUAAAAUAAUGAAUUUGUAUCAUUUCCAAAUAAAGUAAAAUUUGAAGGUACUUUUCUGGUAUUUUAAGAUUGCUGUUGGGUAAAACUCACCAGUUUAAUACUUUCUUAGUGUAUUUAACCAGAUUUUACAAUGCCUACCUGGGCUUAUUUGUCAUCUGUGCAUCUCUGCUUUCUGUGAGAAGAAAUCUUAGCUGUUUUUUAUGUUAACAGUUAUUAGAAAAUAUAUGUCUGUGUGUGUUAUUCCAGAUGUAUCUCUGUAAAUUCUUAUACAGUCAUUUAGAUUCCUUAUUUGGAAAAUUGAUCCAAGUUAAUUUAAAUUUUUUUUGGUUUGCUGUACUUUAGGGAAAGAUGAACCUGAAAAGGUAACACUCAGAACUGUCACUCUAACCUCUCCAGCUCAUCUAACAUGUCAUAAACAUAAUAAAUCUGUGUUGUCCAAUA